AUGCAGUGGUCAACGAAAACCGCCAUUGCUGCCAUUGUUGCAACUUACGCAUCAACAACAGAAGCUGCCCUGGCAGCUUUCUGUCCCAACAAUGGCGAAAUGUGCUUCCAAUGGGGCAUUCCACCGGCCACCAACAACGCGAAGUCCGGAAAUCUUUACUUCCAACUUCGUGCCCCCGCUUCACAUGCAUGGUUUGCAUUGGGGACCGGAUCUAAUAUGCGUGGAUCAAGCAUGUUUGUCGUCCAUCAUAACGGAAAGAACGUGACUCUCAGUACCAGAAAAGGCGAGGGUCACCGCAUGCCUCAGUAUCAGUCUCGUUCGGAUGUUCGGCUCCUCCCCGGAUCGGGAGUUAUCAAUGGCAACCUUGUUGCCAACGUGUUAUGCACAAGAUGUUCGGAUAUCAACAUCAGUGACUCGUCACCCUGGUUGUCCGCUCGGAAAAUUGGACCGCCGAUAGACUCGUCGAGCCCUUCAGCACCAAUCUCGAUCCAUGAUAUGUACACAAGCUUCCUCGUCAACCUGAACCAAGCCUCCAUUGCUGCCGAUUCAAACCCAUUUCUCACGCCAGCCACGAAUGGUGGCACCAAGCCCAGCUCCAGCGGUCCCAGCGGCGUCGUUUCAACGGUGGAUAACUCAAAGACUCUCCUGUAUGCACAUGGCAUCAUCAUGGCUGUUGCUUUCCUCGUCGGAUAUCCAGUGGGAGCAGCGUUAAUGCCGCUGCUUGGUAAAUGGGUAAUACAUGCCGGUUGGCAGAUGCUCGCGCUGGCUGCAACAUGGGCUGGGUUUGCUAUCGGGUAUAUUGUUUCUACCCGAAGCAACAGGUUCUUGGCAGACUCCCACAUGGUGAUCGGACUCUUGGUCAUUAUUCUGAUGAUGGCACAACCAGCUCUUGGCUGGCUGCACCAUAGGCAUUUCCUUAAGCACCGCCAGCGCGGUGUUAUCAGCCACGUCCACAUAUGGCAUGGCCGCGGCCUUAUGCUGGUGGGUAUUAUCAACGGUGGUAUUGGUCUCCAAUUUGCCCGGGCACCAUCAAGGUUUGUCAUUGCCUAUGGCGUAGUUGCGGCAAUAACCUCGAUCCUGUAUCUUUGCGGUGUCACAUUUGGCAUCUUCAAGCGGAGGAAGGAGCAAGACAAGCGGCUUGAAUCAUCUUCCUCCAUGGCGCUUCCAAAGAUGUAG